AUGUUAUCCCCUAUUCCCUCGGUAUCGCUGGUCGACCCAGAGGAUGCAGAUGCUCUUGUUUGCUUAGAACAUCUUCAGUUUAUGGAGCAACUCACGCCGUGUAGCUCGGUAUCAACGAUGUUUUCCAACAACGAAUGCGACAGUGACGAAGAUGAGGAGGAUGACAUAGCGAUCAGAGCUUUUGAUCCCGCCACAGGAUUGCGUAGCCAGUCAAGAUACCAACUUUUCAAGCCAGAUACACUCACCAAUGAUCUCAGUGACGAAGAAGAAGGUGAAAACGAGGUGGAAUUAACGCUUGUCAAUUCUGUAACAACCUUGAAAUCCGCAGUGAAAUUAUCGCUGAUUUUGCGGUUUGUGAAUUCCGCUUUGAACAAGCUUCAGAGUACCGGUGAUUGUCCUACCGUCACCAUCGAUUCCUUGACCACAAACCACCUUCUCAUCUAUAUCUAUGCUCACCUCCGCACUCUCGCACCCGAGCAGCAGGUAUCUUACAUCAAUCAAAUCAAGGUACUUCAUUUGGGUAAAUCAUUUUCCAUUACAAAAAUCAGUGACCUUGCCGAGAUUAACUGCCCGUUAACAACUCUCAAUCUCAAGCAUUCUCCAUGCUUCCACUUUCUUAUCUGCCAGCAAGAAAAAGGCUUUGCCAUGGCACCUGAUAAUCUUGUGCUACAGACAAUGAUAUCCGACGUACCAGACACCUCAGUUACCUAUGCUGAAGCCAUAGUCAAGAAAUUUCGUAAAUUGACGAGGAGAAAGAGCAAAAAUAACAACACUGCCAGUGAACAGGCAAGAGAGCUUAGGCGAAAGCAUAGAAUUCGUCAAUCGGUAACGUUCUUUGUUCAUGCUGUGAUGUGA